CUCACUCACUUGCAGUGAAGAAGCAAAGCCAUACUACGGCUCUGUGCUCUCUCUCUACCCGGCUCACGACGCACCGUACACGGGCCACUUACCGCCUUCUCUCCCGCUCCUUUUCCGGAAGGGACGAGGUGAUCCAGUAGCGGCAGGUGUGGACACAAGACACGGAUGAAGCUCGUCGGCAGCCAAACUGCACCCUGUUGUCACGCACUUCUCAGUUGCUCCGGUCCUCAACCUUUGCCGGAUCUCUCGCUGCAGCUGCGGCCGCUCUGGAGCCAACACGUCCGGGGGAGCUUUGCCGUCACCAUCUGAGUCAGAACCUUUCGCUCCGGAGCUAAAAAAAAAAGGAAGGUUUCUCCCAGAGGGUAAGAGGAGAUUACUCCAGUGGCCUCCGUCGCCUUUGCCGCUGUCACCAUUACUCCGCAUCCAGGCCUCCCGCGCCCCUCCUCCCCCCCGUGCAGGGCCGCCACAGAAGCGUUGGCUCGAUUCCAGGGAGGUGCCGAUCCUGCAGCCACGUCAGUCACGUCUUCACCACUGGCUCCAGGGCGGCCCUUGUGGCCGAGAUGCCACUGCGUGCCAUGCCAGUCAGCAGUGGACGGUGAGGCCCAGGAGGAGGGGGCCGAGUGCAGGAAACAAAGGGGGGGCAACCCGCACCAGGCUGGAGACAUGAACCUCUGCUGGAACGAGAUCAAACGCAAGUCCCACAACAUUCGGGUGCGUCUGGAGGCCAUCUCCGACAACAGUGGGAAGCUGCAACUCUCGCUGCAGGAGAUCAUCGAAUGGCUGACCGCUAAGGACGAAGAGCUGUCCGAGCAGUUGCCAAUAGGGGGGGACGUGGGAGCUGUGCAGCACCAGAGGGAGUUCCACCAGGCUUUCAUGGAGGAUGUCAAGUCUCGAGGGCCGUUCAUCUACUCAGUCUUGGAGUCUGCCCAGUCCUUCCUGGCUCAGCAUCCCUUCCAGGAACCAGAGGAGACCAUGGCUGAGGGCAAAGAGUUGUCGCCCCGCCGGCGGAUCUUGAACGUAAGCCGCUCCGUGUGGAAGCAAGCCAAUGUGGCUAGCGAUCUAUGGGAGAAGUUGACCGCACGCUGCGUGGAUCGACACAGACACAUGGAGAGGACUUUGGAGCGUCUCCUCCAGAUCCAGGCGUCAAUGGAGGAGCUAGGGGUGGCUCUGGAGCAGGCAGAGGGGGUGAGAGAUGCCUGGGAGCCAGUGGGUGACCUCUUCAUAGACUCCCUGCAGGACCACAUAGAUGCCACCAAGCUUUUUAAGCAGGAGCUGACGCAGGUGAAGGAGGGCAUGAAGCACGUCAAUGACCUGGCCCACCAGCUGGCUAUUUCCGAUGUCCAUUUGUCCAUGGAGAAUGCUCGCGCUCUGGAGCACCUCAACAACAGAUGGAAAGUGCUUCAGGGUUCCAUUGAAGAGAGGCUAAAGCAGCUCCAGGAUGCACACAGAGACUUUGGCCCCGGAUCACAGCACUUCCUCUCAAGUUCAGUGCAGAUACCAUGGGAGCGUGCCAUCUCCCCUAACAAAGUGCCAUACUACAUCAACCAUCAGGCGCAGACCACAUGCUGGGACCACCCAAAGAUGACGGAACUGUACCAAGCACUGGCCGAUAUGAACAACAUCAAGUUCUCCGCAUACAGAACAGCGAUGAAGCUGCGGCGUGUUCAGAAGGCGCUUAGAUUGGACUUAGUGACGCUGAACAACCUAGCGGAGGUGUUUCGGGAACAGGAGCUCCAUCAAGCGGAGCACGUGAUGGACGUGGUGGAGGUCAUCCACGGCCUGACGGCUCUCUACGAGAGGCUGGAGGAAGAAAGGACUGUCCUGGUGAACGUUCCACUCUGCGUGGACAUGUGUCUCAACUGGCUGCUCAACGUCUACGACAGUGCCCGCAAUGGCAAGAUGCGCAUGCUGAGCUUCAAGAUGGGUCUGGUGAGCUUGUGCCACGUUGACGUCCAGGAGAAAUACAAGUACUUAUUCCGUCAGGUGUCCGGCACAGGAGGUAUGACAGACCAGCGCCAGCUCAGCCUGCUGCUCCAUGAGGCCAUCCAAAUCCCCCGCCAGUUGGGUGAAGUUGCCGCUUUUGGUGGCAGCAACGUGGAUCCCAGCGUCCGCAGCUGCUUCCGUAUGGCCUCAGGAAAGCCAGCCAUCGAGGUGUCGCACUUUUUGGAAUGGAUGAGCCUGGAGCCCCAGUCCAUGGUUUGGCUGCCUGUGCUUCACCGGGUGACUGCGGCAGAGUCCACCAAGCACCAAGCCAAAUGUUACAUCUGCAAACAGUGUCCCAUUAAGGGCUUCAGGUAUCGCAGUUUGAAGCAGUUCAAUGUGGACAUCUGUCAGACAUGUUUUCUAACCGGACGCACUACCAAAGGGAAUAAGCUGCACUACCCCAUCAUGGAGUACUACACACCAACAACUUCAGGAGAGAAGAUGAGGGACUUCGCCAAGACUCUGAAGAACAAGUUCAGAUCAAAGCAGUACUUCACCAAGCACCCUCAGCGAGGAUACCUGCCCGUUCAGUCUGUGCUGGAGGCCGACACGUCAGAGACGCCUUGUUCAUCCCCUAAGCUGCCCCAUGCAGACACACACAGCAGGAUCGAGCAUUAUGCUAGCAGGCUGGCGGAGAUGGAGAACCAGAAUUGUUCAUUCUUCACAGACAGCCUUUCUCCUGAUGAAAGCCUAGAUGAAGAUCAGUACCUCCUGCGUCAUCCCAGCCCGGCCCUGGACCACGACUCGCCCUGCGGGCAGCACAUGCUACUGGCCCACCUGGAACACCAGGACAAAGAGCAGCUUCAGCGCACCUUGGCCCGUCUGGAGAAUGAAAACAGGGUGCUACAAGGCGAGUACAGGCGCCUCAAGUGGAAACAUGAGGAGGCGGCAUCACUCCCCAUGCUGACCGAGGCUGGUGAGGGAGGUCCAGGUUCACCCGUUACUGGAGACCAGCAAGACGAGGAGCUUCUGGCGGAGGCACGGGUCCUCCGGCAGCACAAGACGCGCCUGGAGACCCGCAUGCAGAUUCUGGAGGACCACAAUAAGCAACUGGAGUCACAGCUACGCAGGCUCAGAGAGCUUCUCCUCCAGCCCAAAGAAGAUUCUGAGGCCAAUGGGUCUGAACCUUCGACCUUGUCGUCUCCUGUGUCUGGAGGAGGUCAGCAAGGGGGGGCGGCCAGCAGAGACACCACCGACACAGAAGCAGCAGGUGAUGACAUGGAGCAUGAGCAGGACACAGUGUUGCAGCUCCAGGAGGUCAUCGAGCAGUUGAGAAAUGUCUUCCCAUCCGAACCAGGUGGACUGGCUGUCGGAGAGGCUCCAGCAUACCCCUGCGACCCUAGUGAGGAUAAGCGGCAUAGAAAAUGGAUGGCUGGAUGGAUGGCUGUCGGAGUAUGUACAAACAGAAGAACAAGAGGUGAAACUGGGCACCAUGUCACACAUCUAGCUUAAAAAGGACCAAAGGGUGCACGAGUGCUGCUUGGCUCAGCCCAGUUCAGCUCCACCAGCCACUGUGACCACUGCAGCAGCUAAAUCCUCAACUGGAACUUGUCUGUGCACUGAGAAGCCUUUUUAUCAUGCAAACUGCAUAAGGCUGCUGGGCCUCAGCUCCGUGUGGGCCAGCCAAAGGUAAACUAACGUCAGGGAGACAGCCAAGUGAAGGGAAGACACGAUCGUCGUCAUCAGUCGUCAUUUGAAGGUUUAUACAUCACAGCACAAAUACUGGACCUGCAGUGAGGAAAUGCAAAAAGCGAGGUCGAACUGUCACGUUUUGGUGGCGUGCCGAGCGCAUUUCAUGCUGCUUGCUGCGCCCGCCGCCGGCUUAUUUACGCUGUGAGAGUGACACAUCAUCAGUUAAAUCCAUGCCAAGACAUGCCAAAGUGCCCGCUAGCCCAGCGCCUCUGUUUGGACACACUGUGUUCCGCUAAUCCCCUGAAAUUGCUUGUCGCUUGUCAUUCCCUUGCGAAUCCCAUUGUGCUCAUACACACACACACACACACGUACACACAUUCGCCCCCACUCAUCCUUUUUUGUGUUGUAUGGUUGUGUUUUUUUGUGUUCAUGCCACCAAUCAAUGAAGCACCACAUCAAUGAUAAUACAAAUGACGCUCACAGUCAAUUAUUUCACAACUUGGCUGGUAAUCUCAGUUCACUCCAAGUUUUCAUCAAGCAGCACAGUUCAGUCCACCUUGGAACAAAAAUGGUGACCCUGUUUCAUCUUAACAAUUGAUCAACCAGACAGACAGAUAACUUAAAACUUAAGACUUAAAUCACUUAAAUCACAAAAUGAAAUUAAACCACCCAGGCAAGGCAUGACAGACAAGAAAAUAAGAAAUAGAAUAAGAAUAAAUAAACAAAUAAAAAAAUAUGGGACAAAUCACAUUAAAUUUGUAGUGCAAUAAUACAUAAUGAACAAUAAUAAUAAUGCAUCAUAAUAGUAAUACAUCAUAAGUCCAGUCCUGUGUGCGUUUUUAUUGCUCCCCUCUGUUGUGUUGAAAAUCCACAUUGCAUGGGGGAGGAAUGAUCUGCUCAUUCUUUAAGUGGAGCAGGGCGGUGAUAGUAAUCUGCCACUGAAACAGUUCUUCUGUCGGGAGAUGAUGUGAUCUAGGCUAGCAGAUAUAGAGUAAAGCAAAGACGUGUAAUGCACAAUGAACUGCGCUUGGUACCCAAAGUAAAGGAUACCUAAAUGGGAUGGUACAGGUCUGUUUUUUGGUACCCUAAUAACAAAAGACAAUGGAAACACACCAUACUGAAUUGUAUCUGUUAGAAAAUGUGGCUUUAGUGACCAAAAUUGGGCUUUAUUCAAGAAAUACCAUCAUACAGACUGUGGCUUUUUAGUUUCCACCCAGUACAGCUCAGUUCAACACGCCAUGGUACCUUUUGGAAGAGUAAAGCCUGAUCUGGCCUGAUUUGUGUACACAGUGAAAUAUAAUUACAAAUAAGAGUAUUUAACUUGCUUAUUUAUGUAUUUAUUUCAUGACCAAUUUAUUCAGGUAUUUAUUUCAUGAGCACAGUCAGGAGAUCUGGAAGAUCUGGGUUCAAAUCUUCGCUUUGGCAUCUCUUUGUGGAGUUUGCAUGUUCUCCUUGUACUUGCGCGGGUUUUCCCAUUCUCCAAAAAUAUGCAUGUUAUGUUAACUGAAUUGUCCAUAGGUGUGAAUGGUUGUUUGUCUGGUAAGGUCCAGCAUGUGCCCUGGCCAAACAGUCAGGAGAUCUGGGUUAAAAUCUUCGUAGGGCAUCUUUGUGUAGAGUUUGCAUUUUCUCCCCAUACGUGUGUGGGUUUUUUCUGGGUGCUCCGGUUUCCUCCCACAUUCCAAAAACAUGCAUGUUAGGUUAACUGGCGACUCUAAACUGUCCAUAGGUAUGAAUGUGAGUGUGAAUGGUUGUUUGUCUAUAUGUGCCCUGCGACAGGGUGAACCCCGCCUCUCGCCCGAAGUCACCUGGGACCCGAGUGAGGAGAAACGGAAAAGAAGAUGGAUGGAUGCGUUGGUCAUGAAAUAAAUAAAUUAAUCAGUCAUUAAAUAUGUUUAAUAAAUUAAAAAAUAGUUUUAAUACAAUUUUAUAUAUAUAUAAUUCUAUAAUUACAAUUAUACAAUUAUUCAUGGACAAUUUUAUUUAUUUACUUAAUAUAUUCACUAUUUAUUUUUUAUGUAAUUAGCUUUAUAUUUAUGUAAUUUUGGCACUCUAAAAAACACAUCAAAGGACAGGCACGUCCACAUCUUGGCGAGCUCUCCUGGCGACUGUCUUCCCAGGUCAAUUCCAACUAUUCUAUUUUUAUUUUUAAGCUCCUCCAAAUUUCCAUUCAAAUUUGGAAAGAACCCAAGUAGCACGUCUCAUAUUCCCUCGCUAUUGUGCUCGUGUUUCCCUAAAACUUUCGAUGAUGCCUUACUCGGUGUGUGCUAUUGAUGGAAGGUUGCAUCAGGCAUGUCACCACAGCGAGCAUUUAUGUACAUUUAUGUGGGAAUCGACUAAAGGAAGAAAGCAUUUGCACAUGUUGCUCGGAGGGACUCUGAGAGAAAAGGUGAAGAAAAACCCUCACGUUUGUUGCCAGGGGGCAAGGCUUGAUGCACUUUGAUGGGCUUGUCACUACACUGCAGUAAGACGAGUGCAGUAAGUUUACUUUCACAGCACAACAAAACAUCAAAUCGAGCAUUUUGACCCCUUUAAAACGUCACUGUGACCCAUUCAUUCAAUCAUUGCAUUGACAUCAUCCUGUCUAGCUGCGCCAGUUGUAGUACGGUUGCUUGGCAACGCUCCCAAAGGAUGCACUGAACAGGUCUGUGAGCAGUAAAGGUGAUGCUCAUCAUACAAAUGGAAAUAGCCUUAAGGAGAAGGCAACAAAAGCACUUUAGCUACUUCCUGCUAAAGGCCGACUCCACUCUUCCGCUCCCAUCAUCAUCAUCAUCAUCAUCGUCAUCGUAAAAAGUAAAAAACAUACAAACAGAAUAAGUUUAUUCAUGGAUGAUUUUAAACAUAACUUUACUACACAUAACUUUCAUGGAGAGCAGGGGGGAGGAGGAAGAUUGAAGCUGUUUAUGUCUUCUCAUGAGAAGUGAGUAGGAAAUCAUGCAAAAAAAUUACGUAUUACACUCCAAAAAAUAUUUUACACUCAAAAAUGGAUUAGCGACACAAAAAAAGGAGAAUCCUGCAUCAACCAAGCCCACAAAAAUGGUGAAAACACAAUACCUUAUGCUAGAAAAGGUCAAAUGUACUUCAUCCAUCUUCUAUGCCGCUUAUCCUUACUAGGGUUGCGGAGCCUAUCCCAGCUGACUCGGGCGAGAGGCGGGGUACACCCUGGACUGGUCGCCAGCCAAUGGCAGGGCACAUAUAGACAAACAACCAUUCACACUCACAUUCAUACCUAUGGACAAUUUAGAGUCACCAAUCAACCUAACAUGCAUGUUUGGAAUGUGGGAGGAAACCCACACAUGCACGCACAGGGAGAACAUGCAAACUACACACAGAGAUGCCCAGCGGAGAUUCAAACCCAGAUCUUCUCGAUCUCCUCUCGACUGUGUGGCUGGUAAAAUGUACUCAUCAAACACUUAAGUUGAAAUGUCAAACUUCAUGAUGGUUGAAAUUCUUUAUUUGCAUCAAUAUCUACAUACAAAAAAUAUGUAAUAAUAAUAGAUCACAUUUAUAAACACCUUUUGUAGGCAAAAAUCUAUUAAAAAUCGAUUCAUUUAACUUAAAACCUUAAAACGCAACCAGUGUAUUUUUUGUUGUUUUUUUUACAUCAUUCUAAAGUUAGAAGGCAGUUUAUGUUGGAGUACAGUAUUUUAAUAUUUAUUUAAUUAAAUAAUAAUUCCAACACUAAUCUUACAUAUUAUUCAAUAAAAUAAUCAAUGGUAAACUAUGUCAUAGUCCUUCUAAUUACUAUUUUUUAUAAAAUCCUACUAAAUUCUCAUGAGAACAGGCUGGUGAGGGAUGAAAAUAAUAAUAAUAAAUCAAUAUAUGAAUCAGUAAAUACAGAUCGUGACAAAAUGUCUUAAACAUUGUGAACAUGCUGCACAAAGAUUACCAUAUUUUUUGCCGUAACUAAGGUUAGGGUAAGUUGAUAUUUAAUAACAUUAAUUAAUCCAAUAUUGUUAAUCCAUAAUUACAAUUGUUAUAGUAAUUGAACUAAUUAUAUAACUAUACUGCUCAAAAAAAUUAGAGGAACACUUCAAAAACACAUCAGAUUUAAACUGGGGGAAAAAUGAUCUUGAAUAUCUUUCCUGAUAAUAAGUAUAAGUAUAAGUAAUAAGUAUAAGUUUCCUGAUGUAUUAGUAACAAAA